UUUUUUUUUUAUUAUUGGUAGCAGUUGUCUCUUAAACAUGUAGAUAUUUCAUCACUGAUAAGGUUGAACUUGUAUCCUCAGCCAUCACCUCGCAAUCUUAAGGGUAAGCCCGCAAUGUUACAAUUUCAUUUCACAUGCUGAUAUUUUGGUGGCAAAAAUAUCCAAAACCCAAACUUGAUGUUUGGCCAAGUCUCUGUAUCUCAUCAAGCAAUACUCUCUACUGUGCUCAGUUUGCAUACCCAAUUACGGUGACAGGUUCAUACACUUUUUAUUUGCUAUCAUCUACUCUUCAAUGUGCUUGUUCUGAAUUCUAGUCUCUCCUUUCGUUUGCUACUGUUGGACUUUUGUGUUUCUAUGGCUGUUAUAGUGUCCCGUUCUUCUACUUCUUGUUGUGCUUUGGGUGACACCAAUGUUUAUGCUUUGAGCAAUAAUGGAUUCUUUGGAGGAACCCCAUUUGUCAAAAUGAAAUCUUUGCCAAAUGGGUCUUUGGUAAAUUGGAAGAAACAUGGAAAAAGACAAUUGGGUAUUCGUGUCUUGGAGACAAGAUGUGCCCCUGAAGUGGUUGCAGUAAAUGGCAAGAGCAAAACUAGAGUGUCUUCUGAAGAAGUUAUUGGCGUUUUGAAGUCAAUUCUGGAUCUCAAUUCUGCUCUUUCGUAUUUUAAGAUGGUUUCCCAGUUGCCUAAUCUUGUGCAUACACCUGAAACAUGUAAUUACAUGCUUGAAUUCCUGAGGGUUCAUGGGAGAGUUGAGGAUAUGGUUUUUGUUUUCGAUUUUAUGCAAGAGCAAGUGAUUAACAGGAAUCCGAAUACCUUUCUGACUAUCUUUAAGGCUCUUUCGGUUAAAGGUGGGAUUCGACAAGCACCGUUUGCACUUGGAAAGAUGAGGCAAGCUGGGUUUGUCUUGAAUGCUUAUUCAUAUAAUGGACUGAUUCAUUUCCUGCUCCAACCUGGCUUUUGUAAAGAGGCUUUGAAGGUUUACAAAAGAAUGAUCUCGGAAGGGAUGAAACCUAGUAUGAAGACUUACUCAGCGUUAAUGGUAGCAUUGGGGAAGAGGAGGGAGACCGGAACCAUUAUGGAUUUAUUGGAAGAGAUGAAAACAUUAGGUUUGAGGCCAAAUAUCUACACAUACACCAUAUGUAUUAGAGUGCUUGGGAGGGCAGGGAGAAUCGAUGAUGCGUAUGGGAUUUUGAAGACAAUGGAGGAUGAAGGAUGCGGACCUGAUGUUGUCACUUAUACGGUUCUAAUUGAUGCGCUUUGUGCUGCAGGGAAACUUGACAAGGCCAUGGAAUUGUACUCAAAGAUGAGAGCUAGCGGUCACAAACCGGAUCAGGUGACUUACGUUACUUUAAUGGGCAAGUUCAGCAAUUAUGGCAACUUGGAAAUGGUGAAACGAUUCUGGAAUGAGAUGGAGGCUGAUGGUUAUGCUCCUGAUGUGGUUUCAUACACUAUAAUUGUUGAGGCUUUAUGUAAGUCAGGAAAAGUUGAUCAGGCAUUUGAUAUAUUAGAUGUGAUGAAAGAGAAAGGAAUUUUUCCAAAUCUUCAUACGUACAACACGUUGAUCUCUGGACUUUUGACCCUAAAAAGAUUAGAUGAGGCAUUAGAGCUUUUCAGCAAUCUGGAAUCUUUGGGUGUUGAACCAACUGCUUAUUCAUACGUUCUUUUUAUUGACUACUAUGGAAAGUUGGGUGAUCCUGAAAAAGCUCUUGACACCUUUCAAGAAAUGAAAAAGAGAGGUAUUUUGCCUAGUAUAGCCGCAUGUAAUGCGUCCUUAUAUAGUCUAGCUGAAACAGGUAGGAUCAGAGAAGCAAAAUAUAUAUUCAAUGAUCUUCACAAUUGUGGGCUUUUACCUGAUUCAGUAACCUAUAACAUGAUGAUGAAGUGCUACAGCAAAGCAGGGCAAAUAGACAAGUCCACAAAACUUUUGACUGAGAUGUUAAGUGAAGGGUGUGAACCAGAUAUAAUUGUAGUUAAUUCUUUAAUUGACACACUUUACAAGGCUGACCGAGUUGAUGAGGCAUGGAAAAUGUUUGGGAGACUGAAGGAUUUGAAGCUAGCUCCUACAGUUGUAACAUACAACAUUUUACUUACUGGUUUAGGGAAAGAAGGAAAACUCCGGAAAGCCCUUGAUUUGUUUGGGAGUAUGAAUGAGUCUGGAUGUCCUCCAAACACAGUGACUUUUAACGCACUCCUUGAUUGUCUUUGCAAGAAUGAUUCAGUUGAUCUGGCUUUGAAAAUGUUCUGUAGAAUGACAAUCAUGAACUGUAGUCCUGAUGUUCUGACUUAUAACACUAUUAUCUAUGGUUUACUCAAAGAAGGCAGGGCUGAUUAUGCAUUCUGGUUUUAUCAUCAAAUGAAGAAAUUUCUCUCCCCUGAUCGUGUAACUUUGUACACCCUCCUUCCUGGUGUUGUAAAGUAUGGAAGUAAUGAAGAUGCAAUCAAGAUUGUCAUGGAAUUUGUCCAUCAACCAGGUUCACAGACAAGUAGUCAGUUCUGGGGAGAAUUAAUGGAAUGUAUUUUGAUUGAAUCAGAAAUAGAAGGGGCCAUUUCAUUUGCUGAAGGAUUGGUGUGCCAUUCUAUUUGCCUAGAUGAUAAUUUGAUAAUUCCUUUGAUUAGAGUCCUGUGCAAGCAGAACAAGGCUCUGCAUGCUCAAAAUUUGUUUGACAAAUUCACCAAAACUUUUGGAGUUCACCCUUCCUCGGAAUCAUAUAAUUGCUUGAUAGAUGGGCUUCUUGGAAGUAAUAUCGCCGAACCAGCUUUCAAACUUUUUAUUGAGAUGAAGAAUGCGGGUUGCUGCCCAAAUAUUUUCACCUAUAACUUGCUGCUUGAUGCUCAUGGUAAAUCAAAGAGGAUUGAUGAACUUUUUGAACUGUACAAUGAUAUGCUCUGUAGGGGAUGCAAGCCAAAUACUAUAACCCAUAAUAUCGUCAUCUCUGCCCUUGUGAAAUGUAAAAACUUAAAUAAGGCAUUAGAUUUAUACUAUGAUCUCGUAAGUGGUGAUUUCUCUCCCACUCCUUGUACAUAUGGCCCUCUUAUAGACGGCCUUUUAAAGGCUGGAAGAUUAGAUGAAGCAAUGAAUAUUUUUGAGGAGAUGACAGACUAUCAUUGCAAGCCCAACUGUGCUAUUUAUAAUAUUCUCAUCAACGGAUUUGGGAAAGCAGGUAACGUUGACAUUGCUUGUGAUCUAUUCAAAAGGAUGGUUAAGGAAGGGAUACGGCCAGAUUUGAAGUCUUAUACCAUUCUUGUAGAAUGUCUGUGCAUGAAUGGCAGAGUUGAUGAUGCUUUGCACUACUUUGAGGAACUAAAGUUGACUGGCCUUGACCCUGAUACUGUUUCUUACAAUCUUAUGAUCAAUGGCCUUGGAAAAUCGCACAUGUUUGAGGAAGCUCUUUCUCUUUUCAGUGAAAUGAAGAAUAGAGGAAUCACUCCUGAUCUUUAUACCUACAAUUCAUUGAUUCUCCAUUUUGGAAAUGCUGGAAUGGUGGACAGAGCCGGAAUGAUGUUUGAGGAACUGCAGCUUGUGGGUCUUGAACCUAAUGUCUUCACCUACAAUGCUCUCAUUCGUGGGCAUACUAUGUCAGGGAACAAAGAUCGAGCCUUUUCUGUCCUCAAGAAGAUGAUGGUUGUGGGGUGUAGUCCUAAUGCAGGAACAUUUGCUCAAUUGCCUAAUAAAUGUUGAUUUUACUGAGUUAUCUCACGGGACCUUUUCGUAUGUUCCUGAUUCAAAAGGGUGGCAUGGAGGAACACUUUGUCAUGGAAAUUGCCUUGGAUAUUAGAAUUGCAUGCCUGAACUUUUCAGUUAAUGAUUGGUAUGCAAAAAAAACGUAUCAUGCUGGAAUUCCUACUGAUCAAUGCUGAGAAAUACUUAUGUAAAAAAAGUCUCCUGGUACUUGCAAUAACUUUUGAGGAUCAAUUCCGAACAUUAGACAGCAUGUGCUUCGCGGCUAUAUUACAGAUGAGGCUUUCGGUGCUGAUGAUAGAGGGGUGGGGAUGUAUGUAGUAAGGGAAUUAAGAUGUGCUUGGAUCACAAUAAGAUGUAAACUGAUUAUGAAGUGUAUAAAAUCACCAAGAUUUGUAUAAAAAAAAUGUGAGAGCUUAUUGAUGCA